AUGGCGUACAAUAGACCAAAUAAAAGCAAAUAUAACAAGAAAAGUGCUCAUUACGAUACACCAAGGAGGGGUUCUAGAGUUGCAAAACCUCAAAAGCAGCAGUACAGAAAGUACUACCAUCAACAACCUUCCCAACGUGUCGUAUAUGUUGAGGAGCCAGAUAGCGAAGGAGAUGAAAGUGAAGAUGCUGAAAUAGGUGAGGAAGAUCUCGUCGAUGAAGAAUCUUCCUCCAGUGAAGACUCAGAAUCAGACUCAGACUCAGACUCAGACUCCAGCUCCGAGUCUUCAUCCGACUCUUCCUCAGAAGAAGAAGAAGAAGAGGAAGUAUAUGAGUUUGAACUUAAACCUCGUGACUAUGCCGAAGAGGAUAGUUCCGAAGAUGACGUUGAUAUCAUUGAUGCUAGCGAUGUUGAGUUAGAUUCUGAUGGUAAUGAGUUUUAUGUAGAUUUGGAUGGCAAUUUGGUCACUGCUGAAGAUGUUGGAGCUCCUCAAGUUCAUGACUUGAACGAUGAGAUUGUGGCUUACUAUGAUGAUGGAGAAUUAAGCUCUAGCAACAGCUCUGAAUCAAGUUCAGAUUUGGAGUCAACCUCAGAUUCAAAUUCCGUUUCGAAUUCAGAUUCUGACGAAGCAGACGAUUCUGACGAUGGUGUUGAAGCUGUUGUCCACGUUACUGAAGAUGGCGACAGUUCCGAAGAAGAAGAAGAUUCUGGAAGUGAAGAUGAAAUAAUUGGCUACAUUGUUGAUACCAAUAAGUUGAAUGAAAAGUUGCUCCUUGAAAACAUUAGACAAGAAUUUGAGGGCGAGUUGGUAAGUCCUGAUGAGUAUGAAUCAAGAGAUGAAGAUUCAAAAUUGGGUUCAGAACCGGAAUACAUCGAAGUUGACAGCGAGGAGGAAGAUGAAGAAGCCAUUGACAAGAGGUUGCUAUGUGCUGAGUGUAAUUGCGAAGACGAUGAGGAAGAAGAAGAAGAGGGUGGUGACUUGCAAGUUAUCAGAGACGAUGAUGAAGAGUUUUCGGUGGUGGAUUUAUCCGAUGAUGUCGCUAACAGCCAAGACUAUCAAUUGGAAGAAUUAGAUGAUGGUUCUUACAAAUUGAAUGUCAGGUUCCCAUCAUUGGUUAGGGAUGAGUUGAAAGUUGAAUUUCUUAAAAACGAAAACGAAUUGGUUAUCAAAGGAAAGUUAAAUUUUAUUGGUGCUGAGACCGAAGAUGAAGAUGAAGAUGAAGAUGAAGAUGAAGAUGAAAAUGGAGAUGUUGAUGUCACUGAAUUGACUCCAGCAGAAUUCAUCAACUUUGCUUUGGAAGACGAAGAUGAUGAAGAUGACCAUGAAUACUACUACGUUGAACCGGAAAAUGUUUCUGAAGAAGAGUAUUCAGGUGAUGAAGAUUCAUUGGUUGCUGUUGCCAGGGAUAGAGGCUUGGCUGAGAGAGCCAAGAGGGACUACAUUAUGUCACAAAUUGAGAAAUUGGAGAAAGAGGAUGGUUACAAUGAAGAGUCAGACGACGACUACGAAAUUGAUAGCGAGAAUGAAGAGACUGCUGAUUUUGAAGGAUCUUAUGAAGAUGAAUCAGAAGAGUCAGAAGAGGAAUCAGAGUCAGAAGAGGAGUCGGAAUCAGAAUCUUCAGAAGAUGAAGAAUUACAAGAAGACGCUGAAGACCUUAUCAAUGAAUUCAAAAAUAAAGAAGUGUUUUUUGAAAAGCAUUUCCAAUUUGAUAAAGUUAUCAAAUUCAACAAGAUUAAGGCCAAAUACAUCAGCGACGAUGAGUUGGAAUUGAUAAUACCAACCAAGAAUGUCACAGUCGAGGAAGAUAACUCUUUUGCAAUUACUGUUGACUCAUCCGAUGAAGAUGAAGAUAGUAGUACUACUGAAGAAAUUGAUGGAAACGUUCCUGUUUUGCGUGACUUGGACGAACUCUUGGAAGCAGUUGAAGCAGCUUAG